GGGUUAACGCCUUAGAGUUCUAAACACUUGGAGGCACUGGCUCUGCAGAUGGGCGGCGUUACUAAAGAACAGUCUCCGGCAUAGAGAGCGCAGCACGGGGGUGCAGGGGAAGCGGGUUAUUGGGGAAGAGACCCGUAUCUGUCACAGUCUAGACCCGAUAUUAAACCGAGACGGUCCCGGUAACAGGGGGAUCCAGUGGAGUCAGUGACCGGUCUCUUGUGUUUAAAACAUUGCUACGCAGGGCAGCCGGUGGGCGUGGCUUAUAUUGAGUUUGGCGCCGCUGUGACGUUCUCACAGGGAUUUGAGUGGCAUGGGAGAAAAUGGCGGCACGUGGAGCUUGGUGUGUGCCAUGCCUCGCUUCCCAGGAAACACUCCAGGAGAUGUGCAGGAAAGAAAAACUAAUCUGCAAAUGUAUUGGGAUAACCAAAAGGAAUCUAAACCGUUAUGAAGUGGAGUAUCUAUGUGACUACAAAAUAAAAAAGGGUAAAGAAUAUUUCCUGGUGAAAUGGAAGGGAUGGCCGGAGUCCUGUAAUACGUGGGAACCCAAAGAUAACUUAAAAUGCUCUGCAAUUCUGAAGCAAUUUCACACAGAUCUCUAUAAGUACUUGUCUCGAGUUCAGUUUAAUAACAGAGGAGUGGUAAAAGACAGUAUUAAAUUUUUGGAUCCUACGGUUUCAGACUACAUAGUCAAAAAGGCUAAGCAGCGAAUUGCACUCAGACGCUGGGAAGAAGAGCUGAAAAGGAAAAAGAACCAUAAUGGAAUGAUUUAUGUGGAAAAUAUAGUGGAUUUAGAGGGCCCUCCUGUAGACUUCUACUACAUUAACGAUUACAAGGCGUCUCCAGGUGUUAUUACUUUGGGCGAAGCUAUUGUUGGUUGUGAAUGCACGGAUUGUUUUACAGGUAAAUGUUGUCCCACAGAAGCAGGGGUUGAGUUUGCCUAUAAUGAACAAAAACAACUUAAAAUCCCACCUGGAAGACCUAUUUAUGAAUGCAACUCAAGAUGCAAAUGUGGCCCAGAUUGUCCUAAUCGGGUAGUGCAGAAAGGUCCACCGUACUCUUUAUGCAUCUUUAGGACACACAAUGGUCGUGGAUGGGGAGUGCAGACACUCCAGAAGAUCAAGAAGAACAGCUUUGUGAUGGAAUAUGUUGGUGAAGUAAUAACAAGUGAGGAAGCUGAGAGAAGGGGUCAGCAGUAUGACAGCAGAGGAAUCACUUAUCUCUUUGAUCUGGACUAUGAGUCUGAUGAAUUCACUGUGGAUGCAGCCCGAUAUGGAAACAUCUCACAUUUUGUAAACCACAGUUGUGAUCCGAAUCUUCAAGUAUUCAAUGUUUUUAUUGAUAACUUAGAUGUGCGUCUUCCACGAAUUGCAUUGUUUUCAACUCGACACAUCCGAGCUGGAGAGGAGCUUACAUUUGAUUAUCAAAUGAAAGGUUACGGAGAUCUUAGUUCAGAUUCUAUUGACAUGAGCCCAGCCAGGAAGAGGGCCCGGACGGCUUGCAAGUGUGGUGCUGCCACUUGUCGAGGAUUCCUUAACUAAAUCAUGGUUUCUAUAUCUGUGCUCAGUGCAGUACAUAUUUUCCUAUGAUGUGAAAACAAAUUAUAUUUUUAUGGCUUUCCUUGUAUUAAAUGCAUAGAUUUGUGUGUUAUUUUUAUUCUACAAAAUAAAAUUUUAAUGCCUA